AUGUGUGGGUCCCAUGGCCAUGUGCAGAGCCCCAUCCUGGCGCUCCCAUCUCCAGCCCUGUGUGGUACCAGGGCAUCGGGGGGGGCUUGGGGCAUCCUCGCUGCCCUGCAGAUGGGCACCGAGGAUGCAGAAGGGAGGACAUCACCUUCCCCAAGACAUCCGCAACACGGUGGGCAACAUCCCCAUGGAGUGGUACCAGGACUUCCCCCACAUCGGCUACGACCUGGAGGGCAGGAAGAUCUACAAACCCCUCCGGAGCAAGGACGAGCUGGACCUGUUCCUGGAGAAGAUGGAGAACCCCGACUACUGGAGGACGGUGCAGGACGGGAGGACGGGCGCAGACCUGAGGCUGAGCGACGAGGAGGUGGCGUUGGUGCAGCGGCUGCAGAAGGGGCACUUCGGGGACGUCCGCUUCGACCCCUACGAGCCCGCCGUGGACUUCUUCACGCACGAGGUGAUGCUGCACCCGGUCACCAACCGCCCCGCCGACAAGAGGAGCUUCAUCCCCUCGCUCGUCGAGAAGGAGAAGGUCUCCAAGCUGGUCCAUGCCAUCAAGAUGGGCUGGAUCAAGCCUCGGAAGCCCAAGGACGAGACGCCCGCCUACUACGACCUCUGGGCGCACGAGGAUCCCAACUCCAUCCUGGGCCGCCACAAGAUGCACGUCCCGGCCCCGAAGAUGAAGCUGCCGGGGCACGAGGAGUCCUACAACCCCCCUCCCGAGUACCUGCUCAGCGAGGAGGAGAGGCUGGCGUGGGAGCAGCAGGAGCCGGCGGAGCGGAGGCUGAGCCUCGUGCCGCAGCAGCACCGCAGCCUGCGGGCAGUGCCCGCGUUCCCCCGCUUCAUCCACGAGCGCUUCGAGCGCUGCCUCGACCUCUACCUCUGCCCGCGCCAGAGGAGGAUGAGGGUCAACGUGGAUCCGGAGGAUCUCAUCCCCAAGCUGCCCAAACCCCGGGAUCUGCAGCCCUUCCCCACCACCCAGGCCCUGGUGUACCGCGGGCACACGAGCCUGGUGCGCUGCCUCAGCAUCAGCCCCAGCGGGCAGUGGCUGGUGUCGGGCUCCGACGACGGCUCCGUGCGGUUCUGGGAGGUGAGCACCGCCCGCUGCGUGCGGACCCUGCCCGUCGGGGGCGUGGUGAAGAGCCUCGCAUGGAACCCCAACCCCUCCAUCUGCUUGGUGGCCAUCGCCGUGGAGCAGUCGGUGCUGCUGGUGAACCCCUGCCUGGGGGACAAGCUCCUCUAUGGGGCCACGGACCAGGUCCUGGCCUCCUUCGUGCCCCCCGAGGAGGAGCGGCUCCAGCCGGUGCAGUGGGUGACGGCCAGCGCGGAGGAGCAGAGCCGAGGCGUCCGCCUGCUCGUGCAGCACGCCAAGGCCGUGAAGCAGCUCACGUGGCACGGCAAAGGGGAUUACUUCGCCAGCGUCGUGGCGGACAACGGCAGCAUGCAGGUGCUCAUCCACCAGAGCAGCAAGCGUUGGAGCCAGAGCCCCUUCCGCCGCGGCAAGGGGCUGGUGCAGUGCGUGCUCUUCCACCCCGUCCGGCCCUAUUUCUUCGUGGCCACGCAGCGUUACGUCCGCGUCUACAACCUGCUCAAGCAGGAGCUCACCAAGAAGCUCAUGAGCAACUGCAAGUGGGUGUCCAGCAUGGCCAUCCACCCCGGGGGUGACAACAUCAUCUGUGGCAGCUACGACAGCAAACUGGCCUGGUUCGACCUGGACCUCUCCACCAGACCCUACCAGAUGCUGAGGCACCACAAGCGAGCCCUGCGGAGCGUGGCCUUCCACAAGCGGUACC